GUGACUCUUAUCACUGACGCUCCCAAGGCGAUCAUCCGACCGGUGAUUCGCCUUCACCUCGGCUAUGGCAUCCCUAGUGCACCGCCUUCUCCCCCUCAUCCUCGGCCUUACAUUGGCCCACGCCUGGAGUAUUAACAUCUUCCAGAAUGAUCACUCCUCUGGCUCAACGCAAGCGGACUUGCUGGAUAGACAGCACAAGAUCCUCCUCAUGCUGGAGAAGAUCCACGACAAAAAUGCAGACAAGCAGGGACGAGAGAUUGGCGAGUCCUACGUGCUCGCCGAAAACCUCAGCAACUACGACGACCAGGAGAGCGUGAAGGAGUUGAUCGAGAUGGCGAAGGCUGGAAAGCUUCUUCCCCGACAUCAUUACUUCUCCCUCUUCGAUCCCGAGCACCGAAGGCAGAUGAUCCUCCUGUUCAAGAUUCUCAAAUCGGCCAAGGACUGGGACACCUUCUACAAGACGGCGUCAAGGGCGCGAGUUAAGGCAAACGAAGGAAUGUUCGUCUACGCCCUCACCAUGGCUGUCCUCACCCGACAAGAUCUGAAGGGGAUCCAGCUCCCUCCCCUCUACGAAAUCAACCCGCACUUCUUCUUCCCGACCACCACCAUCCGACAGGCCUACCGAGCACAAAUGCAGCAGGAGGACGCGACGAUCGAGGCCACCUUCACAGGAACGCUGAAGAACCUCGAGCAGCGAGUGGCCUACUUCGGCGAGGACAUCGGGCUCAACAACCACCAUCACCACUGGCACGCGGACUUCCCCUUCUGGUGGCGGGACGAAUGGGGCCACAAGGACCGCAAGGGGGAACUCUUUUUCUACAUGCACCACCAACUCAAUGCUCGAUUUGAUGCCGAGAGGCUGAGUAACAACCUCCCUCGGGUUGAAGCCAUUGGCUGGGACAAAACCAUUCACGAAGGAUUUGCUCCGCACAUGUCCUACUACGAGGAAGGGGAAUUCCCAUCUCGACCAGACGACAUGCACUUCCUGGACCUCCCGUUCAUGACGCGAGACCAGAUGACCCGAUACGAGAGCAGGAUCAGAAAUGCCGUUGACAAACUCAAGGCAUACGGACCCAAUGGACCAGUCAGCCUGAACUCAUCAGAGGGAAUCGAUAUCUUGGGGAACAUGGUAGAGGCGAACGAGAACACCCCCAACCUGGCAUUCUACGGGUCCAUCCACAACCUCUUCCACGUCUUCCUCGCUCGUAUCGGCGACCCUGAUGGACGUUACGGUUUGCCACCAGGUGUGAUGGAACACUUCGAGACUGCAACCCGCGACCCAACCUUCUUCCGGUUGCACAAGUACCUGGACGACAUCUUCAAGGCCUACAAGGACAACCUCGGACCCUACCCCCGCGAGGAGAUCGAGUUCCCUGGGGUGACAGUGGAGGAUGUGACGGUGGAGAGCAACGGGGCCGCGAACGAGUUGCAGACGCUCUUCGAUUACUUCGAGGUGGACCUUAACAAUGCCCUGGACCAUAUUGAGGGGAAGGAUGACCGUGAAAUCAAGGCCAGGGUGAAGCGCUUGAACCACCACACGUUCAAGUACUCCAUCGACGUGACGAGCGACGCAGCGCACACCGUCACGGUCCGCGUCUUCCUCGUCCCCAAGCGGGAAAGCUCAGGGGAGCCACUCAGCAUCGACGAGAAGCGAUGGAGCGCGAUCGAGCUGGAUAAGUUCGUCACCAAGGUUUCGUCGGGGAAGAACACGAUCGUCCGCAAGUCCUCCGACUCUUCCGUCACAAUCCCCGACCCCCCCAGCUUCAAGAAACUCCUCCACGACACGGAGGAGGCCAUCAACGGCAACGGGGACUUCAAGAUCGACGAGGACCAUCGACACUGUGGUCUGCCCGACAGGCUUCUCAUUCCAAAGGGUAACGAGCACGGUUUGGACUUCGAAUUGUGGGUGGCAGUCACAAACCACGACCAAGAUGCCGUGGAAGGUGUGGACAUCCGCGACGACGACCACGGCGGAUCCAUGAGCUACUGCGGGAUCCUCGGCCAGAAGUACCCGGACGCCAGGCCCAUGGGCUUCCCCUUCGACCGCAAGAUCGUGUGCGAGGACACCUUCCUCAGCUUCUCCAACAUCCACAGGGUCGACGUCAAAAUCCGUCACCUUGGCGAGUUGGCCUAACUAGAACCUUUCUUCUUCCCUUUCACUGCAUGCCUGAUCCAUGAAAUAAAGUGACAAAACCAAAAAGCUGGAAAAA